AUGCUUCUAUCUCUUGUGUUCCUCGCUACCGCCGCAGCGGCCAUACCCUCUCCACCGGCCUACGACUAUGGCUUCGAAGCGGCCAAAGUGGUCAAGCGCCAGACACAGGAUCCAAUCAUUGUCACCAAGCUGCCUUCCAUAAACGGAACUAUUCCUAACCGCCCCGACAUCAGAGAGUUGAAGGAGAACCCCUUCAAGUGGAAUCUCUUCCUCCUUGCUUCAAGCAUGUUUCAGUUUACGAAUCAAAGCGAACAGCUAUCGUGGUAUCAGAUCGCAGCAGGUAUUCACGGCGUUCCUUUUGUCCCCUGGAACGGCGUGCCCGGCGUACCGGGAGGCGAAGAAAGGGGCUACUGCACCCACAUGUCCAUUCUCUUCCCAUCGUGGCAUCGCGCAUAUCUUGCUUUGUACGAGCAAAUUCUCUUUCAACUCAUACAGAUGAUUGCCUCGUGGUUCCCAGACCCCACGGAACGAGCUUACUACCAAGCCGCUGCGAUAGACUUUCGAAUCCCAUACUGGGACUGGGCUACUACACCGCCGCUCGGAGAAAGCGUCUACUUGUCUGAAUUCGAGCAGCCUGCAAUUCAAGUGUAUGGCCCUAACGGAUGGCAGACCAUUGCCAACCCAUUAUACAGCUACAAGUUCCGGCCGCUGGACCCGCAGGUGUUUUCCCAAGGCGAUUUUCCCCAUUGGACAGAGACAAUGAGAGCUCCCUUCGAGACAACGGACAACCAAAGCAUAGCGCACUCGAUCGAGCAUGCCAGACCUGCACUUCAGCAACGACUCUAUACUCUCCUUUCCAAUUACAAGGACUUUGAACCCUUUAGUAACAAAUUCUGGGGGAUGGCGUCAAAUCAGACGCAGUACGACUCAGUGGAGGCCUUGCACGAUGCAAUGCACGUGUUGGUGGGCGACCGCGGCCAUCUGUAUUACAUUCAGUAUUCAGCAUUCGAUCCGGUGUUCUUCUUGCACCAUGCCAUGGUGGAACGAAUAGUCGCCAUGUGGCAAGUUCUGUAUCCUACCGCCUGGGUCACUUCUCAAGCCGCAAUGGAGCCUUCCUUUACCAUGUCGUCAGGGACCGUUCAAAAUUGGCUCACGGAACUAAAGCCAUUCUAUGCGGACGCCAAUGGCACCUUUUGGAACUCGGCGAUGGCCAGAGACACUACGGCCUUCGGAUAUGCGUACGCAGAAACGAAUCCGAGUCUGGGAAUCCACAAGUCUGAGGAACAAGCUCGCCUCAUAGCAACUAUCAACAGACUAUACGGCUCAUCUAGCCCCUCAGGUCUGGCCCGGAAGCAACGGAGAGUAGCGUCCAAAAGAAAGGGGGGGCCGCUAUCCCAAGUUCGAAAGGGAACUACUUCAAAGCAUGUGCUAGACUUUUCACAAGACCCUGACCUUGAGACCAAAGUAGCGACCGAGGACGACAUGUACACCGAAUGGGUCGCCAAUAUUCAUGUUCAGAAUGGAGCAUUGAAUGGCUCGUUUGCAAUCCAUUUCUUCCUAGGUGAAGUUCCCGAAGAAGCCCCUUCUUGGGCAUCUGCACCGAAUCUCGUCGGAUCAAUGAGCGUAUUUGCGAUGAAGAACAUGGGUUCAGGCAACCAUGUGUCCGGAACAGUUCCUCUGACAUCGGCCUUGAUGCACAUGGUCUGGGCGAGAACUAUCUCAGGGCUUGAACCCGAUGAGAUCGUACCAUUUCUCGAAGAACAUCUCCAAGUUAGGAUUGUCGCGGAAGGAUCGAUUGAAGUUGAAGCGACAAAGAUAGAUAGCCUACACAUCCAGAUCGCAAGCGCUCGUGUUCAAGCAACUAGACACGAGUGGGAACUUCCAAAAUGGGGGCCGAUGGUGGAGAGCUACCAGUCACGUGGACUGAGACUAAAGACUCACCUUGAGCGUGGACCCACUUCCCAGAAACGGGAUAGCAGCUUUUCCGAAGCUUCAGCCUUCCGUCACCCAGAACUGCCAACCUCAGUCGCGAGGUCUCGCAUCCAGUCGUCUUUGCAUUUGACGAACGCUCAACACACGAACGCCGCCGCCAAAAUGAAACUCGUCAGAUUUUUGAUGAAAUGCGCCAAUGAGACGGUGACAAUCGAACUCAAGAAUGGCACCAUCGUUCACGGCACCAUCACCUCGGUCUCGCCGCAGAUGAAUACGGCGCUGCGCACAGUCAAGAUGACACCGCGGGGCCAGGACGCCGUCUCGCUCGAUACCAUGAACAUCCGCGGCUCGACGAUCCGAUACUUUAUCCUGCCCGACUCGCUGCCUCUCGACACACUGCUCAUCGACGACCAACCGAAGCCCAAGAACAAGGCGCGCAAGGAGGCGGAGCGCGGCGGCCCCGUCCGCGGAGGAAGAGGCGGCCCCAGAGGAAGAGGCCGUGGUCGGGGACGCGGUCGCGGACGUGGUUGA